AUGGAUCCUCUCCAGUAUCUCUUUGAGAAAUCCACGCUUAAUGGAAGAAUAUCAAGAUGGACAGUCAACUUAGCUCAAUUUGACCUAGGGUUCAUGCCUCAAAAGUCCAUCAAAGGAUCCGCCAUCUCUGAUUUCUUGGCAGACUUUCCAAUUGAAGACUCAACACCAGUGCAAGAAAAUGAUUUUCCUGAUGAAGAGUUAAUGGUCACUGAGGAUGACACUUGGACAUUAUACUUUGAUGGUGCAUCUAACCAAAAAAGAUGUGGCGUAGGAGUCCUAUUAGUGUCACCCAAGGAAGAGCAUGUUCCAAUUUCCAUAAAGCUCGACUUCGACGUUAUCAACAAUGCUGCGGAAUAUGAAGCAUGUGUGGUAGGCCUCGAAACACCGUUAGCGUUAGGAGUUAAAGAACUUCACAUAUUUGGAGAUUCAUCCCUUAUCAUCAACCAAAUUUUUAAAAGGUGGAAGGUGAGGAGUGAAAGUCUCGCUCCAUAUCAAACUUACUUGGAAACCCUUACUGAUCAACUCGAAAAGGUAGAGUAUACAUUCCUACCUAGAGAGGAAAACCAAUUUGCUAAUGCCUUGGAAAGACUAGCCUCGAUGGUUAGAAUUCCUAAGGAAAUUGAGGAAAUGCCUCUAAAUAUAGAGAAAAGACAUAAGCCUGCUUAUGUUCAAGCCAUCGAGGAUGAAGAAGAAAUACAAGAGGAUAAAGAAGAACCAUGGUACACAAACAUCCUCAACUAUGUCACUAAAGGGGAAUAUCCACCUAAUGCUGACAAAAGAGCGAAACGUGCCUUAAGACUCUUAGACUCAUAUUUCGUUCUCAUAAAAGGUGAACUUCAUAAAAGGGCACCUAAAGGAAGAGCUCUCCAAUGCGUAGGCAAAAAGGAAGCUCCAAAGGCAAUGAGAUUAUCCACAAAGGAGCAUGUGGAACACACAUGA